AUGGCAAAGCUGUCAGGCCACAAGACCAAAUCAUCGGGCUGGCCUCACCCCUCUGGAUCCUGGGGCUCCCUGCCGGGACCCCCCUAUGGCUGGGACAUGGGCUCUUACAGGGACGGCCGAGACUACUUCAGCAACCACGUGUCCCAGAGCAGCUCCCUGGAGGAGGUGCACCGUCUGGAUGGGGUGCAGCUGGUGCCCCCUGACCCUCGGCUGGUGGAGAUGAGACGGGACCCUGUCCUGGGGUUUGGCUUCGUGGCCGGAAGUGAGAAACCGGUGGUGUCGCCCAAAUCAGCGUUCAUCAGUGCAGCCAAAAAAGCCAAGCUCAAGUCCAAUCCGGUCAAAGUGCGCUUUGCAGAAGAGGUCAUCAUUAACGGUCAGGUUCCGAACACAGUGAAGGACAACUCUCUCCUCUUCAUGCAGAACGUUCUGAAGGUGUACCUGGAGAACGGGCAGACCAAGUCCUUCCGGUUCGACUGCAGCACAUCCAUCAAGGAUGUUAUCAUGACCUUACAAGAGAAGCUGUCCAUCAAGUGCAUUGAGCACUUCUCCCUGAUGCUGGAACAGCGGACGGAGGGAUCGGGCAGCAGGCUGCUACUGCUGCAUGAACAGGAAAUGCUAACUCAGGUGACACAGAGGCCGGGGUCCGAUAAGAUGAAAUGUUUCUUCAGAAUCAGCUUCGUCCCCAAGGACCCGGUGGAUCUGCUCAGACGGGAUGCCGUGGCAUUUGAAUACCUCUACGUACAGAGCUGUAACGAUGUGGUUCUUGAGCGCUUCGGCUCGGAGCUGAAGUAUGACGCCGCGCUCCGAUUGGCCGCUCUGCAAAUGUACGUCCUCACUAUGACGACCAGGCAGACGCAGAAGGUCUCGCUCAAAUACAUCCAGAAGGAGUGGGGUCUGACACUUUUCAUCCCACCAGCGGUGAUGACCAGCAUGAAGGAGAAGAACAUCAAGAAAGCACUGACGCACAUCCUCAAAACCAAUCAGAACCUAGUGCCUCCGGGAAAAAAGUUGACUGCGUUGCAGGCAAAGGUGCACUACUUGAAGUAUCUCAGUGACCUGAGGUUGUAUGGAGGGAGAGUGUUCAAAUCCAUACUUUUGCAAGGGGAGAAGCAGACAGAGGUGACCUUGCUAGUGGGGCCCAGGUACGGUAUCAGUCACGUGAUCAACACCAAGACCAACCUGAUGGCCCUGCUGGCAGACUUCAGCCACGUGAACCGCAUCGAGAUCCUCACAGAGGAUGAUAUCAACGUCCGCGUGGAGCUGCACGUCAUGGAUGUCAGGCCCAUCACAUUGAUAAUGGAGUCCAGUGAUGCCAUGAACCUGGCGUGUCUGACAGCAGGGUACUAUCGACUCCUAGUGGACUCUAGGAGAUCUAUCUUCAACAUGGCCCACUGCAACAGCAUUGCUGAAGAAAUGGAUCAGGACAAUCUUCUGGAGUGGCCGUACAGCACUUCGUUAGGCAACUGUGAGGACCCCAAUGCUGCCGGCCAGGACGAGCGUUACAGCAGUGACAUGGACUUCUCUAACAAUGGAGGGAGAGAGAACAACAUCUCUCCCCACGUUCCUGAGCCCCAAAACCAUACCCUAACCCUGCAGCAGAACGAGAGGCCAUCGGAGGGGCGGAGGAGUCCCCAGCCCCCUCCUCUCCCCCCCGCCAGAAACAAACCCAAAGACUCCCCCCGGAGCGCCAAGGUCUCCUUCAUCUUCGGAGACCCCCCUUUGAACACUGUGAACCCCCAGAACUUAGGCUACGAGUGCCUGAUGGAUGAGAGUCCCGAGGUGCCCGAGAACAGGCCCAUAGCCUACUUGCACAACAACAUCAACAACACGGGGGACUUCAGGACCCAGGUGACCGUGCCCUAUCAGUUCGUCGACGGCAGUUCGCAUGUGGUCUACAGCAACAUCGGUGAGGAGCUGGUGGAGGAACCGCUGCUCAGGGACCUUUGUUAUGCAGACACCACGGACGACGCCGAGGAUGAGGAUGACGCCAGCUGUGAGGAAGACUCUACCGGGGGGGGAGGGGGGGAGGAUGGCGGCAGAGGUGGAGAGGGCGGCACGACGGCGGCAAGCAAAGCCACGUUCCUCACCCUCUCAGGCUCCAGCGAUGACAUCAUCGACCUGACCUCACUUCCUCCCCCCGAGGGGGGCGACGACGACGAUGAUGAUACUGACGGCGUCCUCCAUUCCCUAAAUCUCGCCAUUGCCGCCCCUCCCCCGGGGUUCAGAGACAGUUCUGAUGAGGAGAGUCCCGAGGGUCGCCCUUUGGCCACUGCCGACAACGAUGACAUGCCCGUGUCGCUGAUCGACGCUGUCCCCACGGGGUCACGUGUCGAGGUGAGCGGCGGGGAAAGGAGGCUGGAGGAUGCCAUGGUGACAACCCUGCAGGCACUGGAAGCCCUGACUGUGUCCGAGGAGAGGCCACGCCCACCACGCCCACAGCGACCACAGCCCAACAGUGUGCAUAUGUCUCGGGCUUUCAGUCCUGAGUCUUCCUCUGACUCAGGCAACGAGACCAACUCCUCAGAGAUGACCGAGACCAUGGAGCAGGCCGCCGCCCACAAACUCAUCCACGAGAACCACAGGCGCCUCCUUAUCGCCACCUCCGAGGGCUACCAGCCUCUGAUGGAGGAAAAGACAGACUUCCCUGUCUCGCCCAGAGUGGCCACCCAAAAGAAAGCCCACAGCCCCUCCCACCAUCGAGACAUCGGGCCGCCGUCGUCCGCCACGCUCCCUAAACAGACCCUCCAUCCAGAUGGCAUAGAGCUGGAUCCAGAAACCACUGAUUCUCUGACUAACCUCUCCAACUCCGUAGCUGUUGGAGGGAAACAGCUAAAAAAGUUGGCCGACACCAACGGGAAGUUCAACACGUUCAGUACCAGAGACGGCCACAGGGGGAGCCAGCUGGAUGUGGAGCGUACCUCGUUCUGCGAGAGGUUGCAGAUAAGGCCGCCUCUUCCUCUACCAGAGAAUUCAAUCUCCAUCAUGGCGGAGAACCUAGCGGUGAACAGCCUGCCGAGGAGUCACCGCAGGCUGCCGUGCCCCCCUCCCCCACACCCUGAACGGACAGAGCCUGUGGAGGAACUUGGGGAGGCUGCAGAGGGGGACACUGGGGCGAUGGGCGGCCAGGAGGAAGGGUACCUGGGGGGAGCGGCAGGUCCUUUCCCCUCCUCCCCAACCAAGAAGCCCCGGGACCCCCCCGGUGGGCAGGGAGAUGCCCCAGGGGAGCAGCUGCAGCAAGUGAGGCAAGGAGUUGCCCGGCUGUGUGAGUACCACCUAGCCAAACGGAUCUCGUCCCUCCAGAGCGAGGCCCACAACUCCCUGCAGGGCUCCCAGUGCUCAUCACUGGACGCGGGCUGCAGCACGGGGAGCAGCGCCUGUGGCACCCCAACGGAUUCACCCCUCUGUGCCCCUGACGGCAACCACCAUCCGCUCUCCGAAUCUUCCACGUCCCUCAGGGUUUUCACCUACGAGGACAAGGCUCCCCAUUGCACCCCGAGCCAGAUCCCUGGGGGCAGGGACCUCCACCCCCAAGCAGACCCCACACUCCUGCGGAAGAUGCUGCCCAACAUACACCCUCCUGGGUCAGACACCAGCAGAGAGGGUUCCAUCCGGUCGGCCAAGAUGAAAGAAACCACAGCUCGCACAGAGCAGCUGGGGACGUCACUGGGAGCGGAAGCAGGAGAUCACCCAUCAGCUUUCACUAAGCAGGCCCGAGCCUGUGCCACGGCUCCUCCUCCUCCUCCUCCUCCACCUCCUCCACCUCCCCUACCAGCCAACAUGAGCACCAUCAACUCCACUGUGCCAAAGCAGGAGUCCACCGUCACAUACAGACAAAACCACAUCCAGUCAGUCACAGCCAGCCUCCACCACGAGUGCGAGCCCAAUAUGAACAGCCUCCAGCGGGGUAGGGAUUCCAGUGUGAACAGCCUCCACCUGGGCAGGGAGCCCAGCACCAACAGCCUCCACCUGGGCAGGGAGCCCAGCACCAACAGCCUCCACCUGGGCAGGGAGCCCAGCACCGACAGCCUGCAGCGGGGCAGGGAGCUCAGACGGAGCACCAGUAAUGUAACUGCGGGCUGCGGGAGUGUGGAGGUGCUCUUCGACAAAGGCAGAACUAAGUGCCAGCAGCAGCAAAGACCAGUUGACCCCAAACUACAGAGGAGACCGACGAGGAAGAGGCUGUCGAAGAGCUACUCGCAGGGCUCGGUAGCGUCCACCUGCUGGUCGGCUGGGGGCAGAGACAGCCGGAGGGCCUCAGUGAUGUUACCCCUGCAGAAGGACACCAAGCACAUGAAGGGCUCGCAGAAGCUGGACUCGGGCAGCCCCUGGAGGUGCCAUGGUCCUUUCAGCUACUGCUUCUUCAAGAGGAAGAGCCAGGCGGAGGAGGAUGAGGUAGAGAGAGACGAGAGGGGCGAGAGGUCCAGGCGCAGCCGUGGCGGGGAAAUGGAAGAAGCAGCGCCUACCUACGGCCCGGCCAUGGACGCAGCAGGCGACCAGCUCUACAGCGAGGUCCUGACCAACAUGAGCUUCAGCGACCGGCUGUCGCGCAUCAACACACUCAAAGACCGCAUGUACGUCUUCCCCGUUGGCUUCUCGGACGUACACCGCGACGCCAGCGAGCUCAUCGCUCUAGUGCGCUCAAGCGUAGGCAGGGGGGACCGCAGCGGCCAGGUGCCACAGAUCACAGCAGACCUGUCCCAAUACAAGCAGCUGCUAUCCAUCGAGUCUAAAGAGCUGGGGCGGGCAUGUCGCAGGAUGGCCCAGGCCCACGGCAGCCCAGAGGAGAUGCUGCUGGCCAUCACCUGCAGUUUCCAGGUGCUGUGCUGCCUGUCUGAGGCCUGCAUGUGCCUGGUGAGGGGCCUGGGGGCAUCAGCCGCCCAACAGCAGAGGGAGGUGGUGGCCAAGGUGGAUGAGCUGGUCAUGAACUACAUCUGCCUGCUGCGCGCAGCCGAGGCGGCGUCCAUCGGAGCGCCCAGCGACCACAGCGUCAAUGCCCUGGUCCGCCACUCCAGCACCAUGUCAGCCAUCGCCAACGCACUCACCCGCUCCCUCAAAACGCUGCUUAGCAAGUAGUAGGACGCCCAGCCGGCGGCACCAUCUUUUAGUGUUAUGUACAUUAUACGAAGCCAUACAAGUCCAGAACUUUGUAAUAAGAACUGAUGUUAUUAUAGACACCCUUCUUCCUGUGUACAUUUUUUUCCCAUGUAUAUAAUGUACAUACAGUACAUAUGAUACACUAUAUGAAUAUAUAAAUUACUAAAGAUAUUUUGAGUGGUCAUUGGGAAGACAUGUACUCUUUAAUGUGAUAUUGACGAUGCAGUUAUAGGUUGCAAUGUGGAGAGGAUUGAUGUACCGUAACACUGAAAUUGCACUGCAUUUAACAGUCCUUAGUGUAAUUUCUAAAUUAUUUUGACAUGUUUUUUUUUUUAAAUACAGAGGGCAAAAACUUAUAAUGAAAAGACAUAAAAUAUGUAAGCAAGUAUCUUAUUAAAGCGCUUUUAAGUCA